GUUUGGAGGUAUGUCAAUAUAACCUACAAUUCACAAAGUUCUUCUUGAACCGUAGACUCUACGAGUGUCGUUCAUUCCGUUUCUUUUGCGAUUAUUCGCAUUUAUAUCCUCGUUUAUCUGUUUGAUCGUUUCGUUUUUUGUCAUCAUGGCUCCAAAAAAGCCAAGUUCCAGUAAAAAGGUUGGAAAGAAAGCAAAGAUUGCACCAGCACCUCUUGUUAGUGAGAAACCUAAAAAAGUUCUUAAACAGAAGGUUGUUAACCCUUUGUUUGAAAAAAGACCGAGGAACUUUGGAAUUGGUCAGGAUAUUCAACCCAAAAGAGAUUUAAGUCGUUUUGUGAAAUGGCCAAAUUACAUUCGUAUUCAACGUCAAAAGUCUGUUCUUCAAAGAAGGCUCAAAAUUCCUCCACCAAUCAAUCAAUUUUCAUAUGCGGCAGAUAAAGCUACUGUUACCCAGUUAUUUAAACUUAUGGAAAAGUAUAGACCUGAAACAGCUGCUAUGAAGAAAAGGAGAUUGCAGAAAAGAGCUGAAGAUAAAGUAGAAACUAAGGAAGAUCAACCAACUAAACGCCCAAAUGUUAUUCGUCAAGGAAUCAACACUGUUGUAAACCUGGUUGAACAAAAAAAAGCGCAAUUAGUUAUCAUUGCUCAUGAUGUCGAUCCUUUGGAGUUGGUAAUAUAUCUGCCAGCAUUAUGUCGUAAAAUGGGAGUUCCUUACUGCAUCAUUAAGGGCAAAUGGAGGUUGGGAAACCUUGUCCGUCGUAAGAACUGUACUGCUUUGGCUAUUACACAAGUUGAUACUGGUGACCGGGCUGCUCUAGCUAAAUUAGUGGAGUCUAUUAAGAACAACUUUAAUGAACGGUUUGAUGAAUUCAAACGUCAUUGGGGUGGUGGUGUUUUGGGUGCUAAAUCUGCGUGCCGUCUCGCCAAAAUUGAAAAAGCGAAAGAAAAGGAACUGGCGCAAAAACAAUAAGAUUUAUGUAUAUGACAUUCACUUAAUAAAACAUGAAAAAUUGAUA